UCGGUAUAUAAAUCCGACGGAUAAGAUUCGAUUUGGUAAACGAAUCAAAUUUGGAUCUACUUCAAACUUCAUUUCUGUUUCGAUUCGACCCGAUCAGUUUGCAUCCAUGGAGGUAGAAUCCACGAAAUAACGAAGGAAGAGAGAGAGAGAUUGGCAGAUUGCUCCCCUGAUCGUCAUUGCCACCAUCACCAUCACCGCCACCGCCAAGCUUUGCUUUUUUUCUAUUUAUCCUCCUCCUCGAUUUCAAUUUUUUAUUUUGUGUUGUGGAUUAGAAAGAUUUCGGCUUCGUACUCGAUUUUGUUUAUAAGAAGGAAGAAAGGGUUUACGGUUUCUAUCGAAGUUUCUUUUGUUUUACGGGAAUAUGAUUCUUGAUUCCAGAGAAGAUAGGGGCUUACGCGAAACCUAAAUCUGAACCCUAGUUUCUCCAACUCAAAAUAAGGGAUCUCAGGCGUAGAAGCGUAAACCUUGACCUUUCUGUCUCCACUUUCCAGCGUUGCUCUUAAAAUUUCAAAAUGCCGGCUACAGCAGGUAGAGUUCGCAUGCCUGCGAACAAUCGGGUACAUAGUAGUGCGGCCCUCCAAACCCACGGCAUAUGGCAGAGCGCAAUUGGGUAUGACCCUUAUGCUCCGAAUAAGGAUGAUUCUAAGACAUCGUCGCAGCAAAAAUCGUCGAAUGCUGAACCUGAGGCUGAGAAUGCCUAUGCUAGCUUCCAAGGACUCCUUGCUCUUGCCCGCAUCACUGGAACCAAUGCUGAUGAGGCACGAGGGUCCUGCAAGAAGUGCGGCCGCGUCGGACAUCUCACAUUCCAAUGCAGAAACUUUCUCAGUGUGAAAGAGGAUUCUAAGGAUAAAGACCCAACUGCUCUUCAGACCACUGUUGCUUCGGGGUUGGAUAAAUUGAAACCUAAUGGAGGUAAAAUGGAUAACAAAGCAGAUGUUGAAAGUUCUGAAGAGAGCUCUGAAGAGGAGGAUGACAGUGAGAGUUCAGAUUAUGAUGUGGAUUCAGAGAUUGAGAGGAUCAUUGCUGCACGGAAUGGGAAGAAGGGUAGUAAGGUAACGACAUCAAGUAAAAAGAAGGAAUCCUCAGGGGCAGGAAGGUCUGAUUCUGGAGAAAGGAAGAAGAGAGGUAGAUCAAAGAAAAGGAGCAGCAGGAAGAGGGAGAGCAGUGAUUCAGAUGAAGAUGAGGGUCAUAGGAAGAGGAGGAAGCAUAAGCAGAGUAGGAGAAAUGAAUCUUCAGAUGAGGAUGAGGAUCAUCACCAUCAUCAUAGGAAGAGCGGGAAGGAGAAGAGGAGGAGGAGAAGUCACCGACACUCUUAUGAUUCAUCUGGGUCUGAAGAAUCUGAUGGAGGACGCAAGAGGAAGAGCAGGAGGGCAGCAUCACCAUCUGAUUCUGAUAUCAGCAUCUCAGAUGACUCUCGGUUUGGUAGGGGCACAAAGCGAUCUGGAAAGAGGAGCAGAAAAUAGUAUCCUCAAGAAGAAUACAAUGAUCACAUGAGAUGUUUGUCUCAUUAUAUUUCUCUCAGAUUUGAUGAUUGUUAUAUGGUAAAAAUGUUUGUAAGUAAUUGAUAUCCUGUUGGCUGUUCCUUUUCCUUUUUUGUUCAUGGUUGGUUCUGUAACUUGGAUAUUUAUGGCCAAUGUCUUUUCCUAGAACUAGAUGAUCAAUGUAUUGCUGAUUUUUGCUUAUAAUUUCAUAUUAGAAGGUGUAAUUGGCCAUGCUCUUCCUCUGAUUGGCUAUUGCAUCAAUGAACUCCCUUAAUUUACUUUGA